UGAGACAUCUGUCGGAAAAAAGGCACAAACGUACUACAUAAUCCACAAAACUCAGUAAACUCACACGGUUCAUGCUUCUGGACAUGGUUAGUGUGUGUUUGUGCAAGACAUGUGGCUCUCAGUGGAUUGUUUGUGAGAUAUUAAGUGAACGUCCUGUAAAUCUGCGACUUUAAAAAUACUUUGCAGAUAGGUGUCAGUGGAUGAAAGAUGUCUGUAUUUAUGGAUUUAAACAUCAUCAGCAGUCAUGAUAAGAACAGACUCAGGAGCGUCAUAGAGACAGCUGCUCACCUGGGCUAUUCUACAGUCGCAGUAAACUAUGUUGUUGAACCACAACAGAAGAAACAGGAAAUGCCUAAGCCACAGAGUGUGUCAGACAUAUUUGAGACAUUUCCAAUAGUUCAGGGCAAAUGCACACCCAUCAAAAUAUUGAAUCGCUUGACCAUUGUGGCCUCCGAUGCAUCUCAUUUUAGGCCCAACAACGAAUACAAAAACUUUGAUCUUGUGGCUGUGUACCCCAAGACAGAAAAACUCUUUCAUGCAGCAUGCAUGACCUUUGAUGUUGACAUCAUCUGCAUUGCAGCAGCUGAAAAACAGCCCUUCCAUUUUAAAAGGGCUCCAGUUAAUGGGGCUAUUGACAGAGGAGUUUUCUUUGAGAUAACUUAUGCAGCAGCAAUCAGAGACUCCACCAUGAGGAGAUACACCAUUGCGAAUGCCAAUAGCCUGAUAGAAGUCUGCAAAGGAAAAAAUGUCAUAUUGUCCAGUGGAGCAGAGAGGCCUCUUGAGGUGAGAGGCCCAUAUGACAUUGCCAAUUUGGGCCUUGUGUUUAGCCUGUCUGAGGGAGAUGCUAAAGCUGCAGUUUCCACCAACUUCCGCUCAGUCUUGCUGCAUGGAGAGACCAGAGCCACUGCGUCUGGUGUUGUUUACACCAUGAAGAAACCACAAAGUACCAAGGAGCAAGUAGAAGAAUGUCCAGCAUCCAAAAAGGCCAAAACAGAAAUAGUGUAGACGAUAUUUCACAAUAGAAAAAG